AUGAGUGCAAUCAACACUAUCAUCAAGUACAUGCAAGAAAACAAUAUAUCUAUACUGAAAUUAACUGAAGAAAUCCUUAAAAGCACCAACCCAGAGUACAAGAAACUUCACCAGUCACUUGCCAGUGAGGCCACUUCUAUCUGUGUGAACUUCUAUCAAGAUUCUUUGGCACAUGAUGCUGUCAAAUCAUGGGCUAUGUUAGCUGUUAUACGGACAAUGGAAAAGGAAUUGGAAGAGCUCUCACACCAAUCUCAUGGGCUGCACUUUCGAGCAACAACAGCCACCUCAGAGCAACUGGAAGGCUCUUUUGUGCAGGAGAUAGCAGGAAAAAUCUGUGCAGUGGCACCAAACCUCUGGAUGCUGGUACGAGCAGCCCUCCAAGUCCCAGUAAAUAAUGGCUCCAACAUGAAUGUAGACUUGCCGGAAUUUGGAGAAAUAGAGCGAGACCUUGGGAAGAUUGGAGGUGAUGAUAUGUGUGAUGUGGAUCUUGAAGGCCAUGUAAACGAGGCAGAGAGAAUGGAGGACUUGGAUUCAAGGCCAGUGAGAGAUGCAGUUAAUCCUAAGGAAAAAAUAUUAGCGCUUGCAAACAUUUAUUAUGCUGCAGAGUGUAAACAUGCGGUGUAA